CUGGAGACAUGAUCAGCGAUGAGCCGCUGCCUUGCGUGGUAUGCUUACCUCCCCACUGAAGUGGAGUCAGCAGUGAUGAAACAACGAUUCUGCCAGGCCUCCAGCUUUCCUGUCAUUGUGGGCUGCAUCAAUGGGACUACUGUCUGGAUCCAGGUUGAUCCAUGGUGUGUUAUGGCCUGUGUGGGGGAUUUUGGAUGGAGCCAUUCCCAGUGCUGAUGUUAUCAUGCAUUCAUGCAAUGUCGGCAGAAUGGGAAGAACAGGCCAACAUCCAACUUUGGAGUUGGCAGUGAGGAGUGGCUCAAACUCUACUUGAGAUGCAGUGGAGAGAACAGUCAGCAGGAUCCUGCUGAUUGUUGGACAGCUGUUGAUGUGUACAGUGGACUAGGCAUGCAAAACAACUUCAGCAGAUUUGUAAUGGAGAGUCUUAUCAGAGCAGCCAGAGCAUUCGGAGAAUACCUGUCCAAUACCAAUCCAGAAAACCGUAACGGAGCAGAUCAUCUAUUGUCUGACACCUUCCCCGGCCAGGACUGUGACUCUCCAGACGUCAGCCGCUUGCAUAACAACAACCUGCCACCACAGAGCCGCUGUUUGCCCAUAGCUAAGCCCAACCAUUCCACCCAGUCCAACCCCAGUGCUAACCUACAAUCCCAACCUCAGGCUAACACCCUCCAGACUCAAGCACCUUUAGGCCCCUCCAAACGUCGACUCUCUGUGGAGCGCAGUCUCUCCACAGAGAACCCACCGGGUGCCAGAGGCCCAGAGGGGGGUGCGGCAGUGAAGCCGGCGAGAGUGUACACGAUCACCCAGGAGGGAGGGAUGACCCUCGGGGGGCGCAGUAGUGAGGAGAGCCUGGAGCUGGAGGUGCUUAAAGGCUCCAGGGAGCAGCCUCUGUCCCAGGGUCCGGACCACAACCCAUCAUGCACCAGCCAACCGUCUGCUGCAGCCGCUCGUGGUAGCAGCCAUCACCGUAGCAGCCAUCACCGCAGCAACCAUCACCAUGCCCACCAGCAUCACGGAGGCUCGCUGUCAUCAUCGCAGCCACUGCAGAGCUCAGGGAGCGCCAACAACAUCCGGGACUGGGGGAUGAGGAGAGGGGGGUCGCGGGACGACUGCACCCCGGACUGCGUGGCCUGCAUUCGUGCUCCGUGUCAAAGCCAGCGCUCCCUGGACCUGGAUACCUCACCGCGGGAUGGGGGGAAGCACCGCAAGAAACUGGAGAGGAUGUACAGCGAGGACAGAGCGUCUACUGAUGACAGGGAGGACAAUCCUAAUAGCUGGUUCCCCAAAGAGAAUAUGUUCAGCUUUCAGACAGCCACCACCACCAUGCAGGCAAUAUCGGCUUUCCGAGGCAUUGCUGAGAGAAAGAGGAGGAAAAGAGAGCAGGAGGCAGCUACCAUGAUGGAGAGAAAUUUCCGCAAACACCUUAGGAUGGUCGGCAGCCGCAGGAUGAAGGUCCAGACCUUCGCCGAUCGCCGUGCCAAGAGUUUCAGCCGUUCAUGGAGUGACCCCACCCCUGUCAAGCCUGACUCACUGCAUGACUCCAGAGACAGUGGUGAGCUUCAGACCUCCUCAGGGACACUAGAUGAAGGGCUGGAUGAGGAUGCCGACUGGGAGGAGGAGAGGGAGAUGGAGAGAGCAGCCUGUGAAGGAGAGGACUUCAUCCCUCCUAAAAUCAUGCUGAUAUCCUCCAAGGUCCCGAAGGCCGAAUACGUUCCCAACAUCAUUCGUAGGGAUGACCCCUCCAUCAUCCCGAUUCUUUAUGACCAUGAACACGCCACGUUUGAUGACAUCCUCGAGGAGAUCGAGAAGAAGCUGACUGCCUACAGAAAAGGCUGCAAAAUCUGGAACAUGCUCAUUUUCUGCCAGGGAGGACCAGGACAUCUGUACCUGCUGAAGAAUAAAGUCGCCACCUUUGCCAAAGUGGAGAAGGAGGAUGACAUGAUCCAGUUCUGGCGGCGGCUCAGCAGGCUGAUGAGUAAGCUGAACCCGGAGCCCAACCUCAUCCACAUCAUGGGUUGCUAUGUGCUGGGGAGCGCUAAUGGAGAAAAGCUGAUUCAGACUCUGAAGAGACUGAUGAGACCCACCUCGGUGGAAUUCAAGUCCCCACUAGAGCUUUCUGCACAGGGCAAAGAGAUGAUCGAGAUGUACUUUGACUUCCGUCUGUUCCGCCUGUGGAAAAGCCGUCAGCACUCAAAGCUGCUGGACUACGACGACCUCUUGUGAUGUCGAUCCACCUUCUGUUGGCUUGUCGGCCGGUUAUCUCACGUCUGAGCCUACUUCCUGGUGACAGGGCGUUGGUUGAAGGGCCCCCGGAGAGGCUCCUAGACCGGGUCUGUGGUAGAGCUGGAGCAGCAGCAUCGCAGCUGGGUCUUUUUUCCCCCUUCUGAAGCGACAGGGUGGCCCUGUAGAUUCAGCCAGUGGUGUACCUUUUCUCCCUUAUCCAUUUUCAGUUUCUGCCUAUCUCUCAUGGGUGUUCUUGAAAAGAGAAGAGAUGGACAAGAAAAGGGUGGAGCGGCGCGGGACUCAUCAUUCUAGCCUAAAUGUGUCAGAAGACGCUAACUAGAGUCAGAUUUCUGAGUUCAGAGAGGACGGUAGAUAAAAGAGAGACAGCGGAGAACAGAGAGAACUCCUCUCUGACUUUAGAAGGUGACUGAUUUUAUUUUUUCACCUUUAGCCAACCUGUCUGCUCUUUCAAGAUGGAGGCUUCUAAGGAUGGAAGUGUUUCCUUUGUCAGGUGUGGAAAUUAGAGCUUAUAUGUAAAUAAACAAGUGCUUACUGGAGCAUUAGAGAAUAGACUAGCAUCUCUCUCCAUGCUAUCAUGUGAAAAUCUAGACAUUUAAUUAGUCUUAUUAAAAAGUUGAGGUGUCCAUUUAACACAGCUUUUUUUAAACUUCAAAUCAAUGUAUUAGUAUUUCGUACUGACUGUUGUAUUAACUCAGGUUAAAUCCAUCGUUUGAUACUAAGAAUUGUACUCACCGUUCGUAACGCAACAUACUGUAGAUCAGAAUCUAAAGCCUUCAUACUCCACACAGAGUCAUCCUCAGUGGACCGUCACAUAUCUUUACGUGUGUGAAUGGAGGAGGUUUCUACGUUUUCAUGGUCUAUGAAGUCAACUGUAGCCAACACACAGAUGUAUCCAUGCAUGUUUCAUUACAGCGUUACACUUUAACCCUGCUGAGCCGACACAAGCUGUUCUUUCUUGAGCUUGUCGGCUUGCGGGUGCUGAUCCGUUUUAACCUUUGUGUGUUUGUACAGUAUUGCAUGUGUGUGUCCAUAGUUUACAUAUGACACCUGAUUAAUACUCUUACUCUUAACAAAAAUACACUCUGUAUAUUUAAUUUAUUUCUUCACUUGAUUUACUCCUGUUUCUGGAGUAAAUUACAGUUUGUUAUUUAGGAUUUUUUUCUACAAGUAGCAGCAGAGUGCUGGUGGUGGUGGUGGUGGGGAAGGGGGGGUUAUUUUAUCUCUCCUCAUCAACACCAGUGCUCCAACAGUCAUUUCAGUGAAUAUCGCAAUAUGACGGUCUGUGUCUCAAAGUACAGUCGAUGCCGUACCCAUUUCUGGCAUUAAUAUCCAUUUUAAAACAUGAGGACAUUUGUGUAUUUUGUGUUAACAUUGAAACACUCCGAGUGUUGCACUUCCAUUAAAUUUGGGGACUUGUGAGAGACGGAUUUUUAAAAAGAUAAGAUGGUCAAAAUACAAACAGCAGAGGCUGAGAUAUCCUGACUUACUGAAAUCCUUUCAAGACCCCAAACUCCAUGACUCAAUUAAAAAUGUGAGGUCCCAAACCCUGAUGACAUCAUCAGGGUUAUUUUCUGCUACUUUGAAAAGUAAAACUAUGUAAAACUGAUGGAGGUCCCUUUAAAAUAUUAACAUUUACAAAGAGGGAAAUUAUUCAGCAGGAUGAGUAAAGUUUCAUUAAAUUCUUUUUGUCUUUUUUCAUAUUACACCAGGGCUAUUCUGAGCGCUUUUAAAACAAAGACUAGUAUUAGCCUGAUGCUGCAUAGUGGCCUAACUUGUAUUUAUUCCUCAAAAAAAUUAAGUUAUUCUAUUUUUUUUAAAAAGGGCUUACCCCAUUGUAUAUCUAAAAUACUCACACUCAUGAAAAGUAAGCAACUGCUUGAUAAAACAACUGUAACAUUGUGACAUUUACAUCGCUCCAUCUCAAGCUUGUGCUGAGGUGGUCUGAAAGAACAUGAUUCCUCAUCUUCUAUUAUA